UUACUGUGACGUUUGUGUAACGUGAUACGUGAGCUGGCUGGGGACAGCUUGAUAACCAUUUCCGCAUAUUUCUCGCACAUAUCGCUGUGUUUAUUAAGAGAUGCAUGUUAAAGGAUUUAAUUUCGCAUAAAGUGCUGUUUGUAAGUGCAGCAAUACAUCCGCAUAAAUGGAAGCAAACAGCGUCAGUCGAGUAAACUGGGCCAUAAACCGCCGGGCGGAGAGUUUAGUAAGUAAACACAUGGCAGACAUGGCACAGAGACGCUCAGCGGUGUCUGAAGAGGAUAAAGUGCACCCUAUGCCAGGAGACCUGAGCAGAAGCGCAGAAGACAUCCCGGGGCGGGCCGAGGUGAAUUUCAGCACGGAUUCACAGUCCUAUAAACCUGAUGGAGUGGCGGGAAAGUUGAUGCGCGAGGACGCGUCUUCAUCAUCGGAGACAGCAGCCCAUAGACAAAUCAUAUCACUGCUUAAUGAUAUCAAAGAGGAGCAACAGAGGCAGUGGGAAGUUCUGAAAGACCUGCAGGCCAGGAUUCAAGGACAGGUGUGUGAGGAGGAAGACGAGCCGCUUGACGUAGAUCUUCCACUGCGAACAAUGGAACAGCUCAAUGAAACAGAGCAGCAUUUAGAGGAUACUGAAGCUCAGAAGAGAAUGGUGUCACACCUCUCACGGAUGGGCGGAGCUACAGUAGAUGAUGCGGUCCGGCGUCUUAUGCACACUGUUCUCUCUUUCAGUGUGGGCUCAGAGCUCAACUGGGUUGGCAGAGGACAGAAAAGGAGCUUCAGAAACACACGAUUGCAGGGUGUUUUAUUUCGUGCCUUGAAGAAGACACCUAUAGGAAAGGAGGCCACACACCACCAGUUUGCUGAUGUAGUGAAGAAAUGGUUGCGGUUUGCCCCUUUCCGACAAAGAGGAAGUGGACGAAGACCGCACUGGAAACCUGUUGAGUUCAUCUGUCCCAAAUAUGACAGUACUGUGGAAGAUCAUAACCAGCCUAACCAUAACCCGCUGGAUUCUGGUGAGAUUCAGGUGACAAUUUAAUAACAGUAAGUGUUGUAUCCAAAGACAAGUAAAGUAAAAUAAUUGAAUGAAGAGAGUGUGAAGCAUUGGCUUUCAAAUUCUGUUUCUUUUUUGCCAUAUUACAUUCUUUCUAUUAUAAUAUUUGCUUUGCUUUCUUUAAGUUAAAAUAUACUGUUGUUAGGGAAUAAUUUGCAGAUUUUCUCAUUACAGAAUUAAUCUUUAAAAAAAAACUAAUGGGCAAAUGUAAAUAAUUCUGUUAUGAUGAUUAUUUUGCCCCUGCGAUUUUAUUUGAAUUAUGUUGUUAUAUGAUUUUUUUUUUAAACGCUGGUGCCAAUAUAUUUCCAUUUUUGAAAUUUUGCAAGUUGGAAAUUAAGAAUGUUUUGCUUAUAUAAAUUCCAUUAUGUUUGCCAAGAAAUGGAGAUCAGAAUUUCAAACAUGAAAGAGUUUAUAAGUGUACAACACAGAAAGUUUGAGAUUGCUCUAGAAGAAAAUUAAGAAAAAAUUUCUUAAAUGUAAUAUAUAAUAACUUAUAACGGCUCAAUAAUGUAGCAAAAUGCACUUACUCUGUGGUAUCUUUGGCAAUGUGAUCAGUUUUCUAAGAAUGCUUGCUUCCUGACAUAUACUGUAUAAAAACAUUAAAAACAAACAUUUUAUCUA